AUGCCAACUUUCCAAGACGAAGAUGCUGAUGCUAUCAAAGCUCUGAAACAGCCGUGGGAGACGGAGACACUGGCCCAGGUGAGGACUGGAAAGGUCAAACCAACCUUCACUACUCAGGAGCCCUCCGCCAUCUAUAAGCAGAUAAGGCGAGGCCCUCUUGCUGUCAACGAUCUUGGGUGUGAGGGGGACGAGCAUGCAUUUGAAUUCCAUGGCGGUCCGGAGAAAGCCCUACUGCAGUACAGUGCGCGGCAUUACACCAGGUGGAAAAAGGAGCUGCCGCAAAGUAAAGCCUUAUUUGUACCGGGCGCAUUUGGUGAGAACCUGGUUGCGAGUAAUGCCAACGAGCACAACAUGUGUAUCGGUGAUGUGGUGAGGAUUGGAGAAGUGAUCGCUCAGGUAACAGGACCGCGGCAGCCCUGUUACAAACUGAACCACAGAUUUCAGGUCCCCGACAUGUCAAAGCGUGCUCAGGACCUCUGCCGCACAGGCUGGUUCUACCGUAUCCUUAAGACAGGCACGAUUCAGGCGGGCGAUCAAAUGACACUGCUGGAGAGGCCGAAUCCGCAGUGGACCAUUGCCACUAUCCAGCACUACCUUUAUCGCGACAUGCGCAACGAGGAAAUGAUGCGACAGAUUGUCGAGAUUAGAGAACUCGGUAUGGAGUAUCGGGGAAUUUUCAUCAACAGGCUGCGGAAACAAUACGAAAAUCAAGCGCGCCGGCUCGAAGGAGCACCCGAAAAGGCACUCACAAUAUGGAAGGACUAUCUUCUGCUCACAAAAGUCAAAGAAACUCCCCGCAUCGUUUCUCUGGUUCUCAGAGCGAUAACACCAUCGGAAGUGCCCAGUCCCAUUGUUACCGGAUCUCAUGUGCGCGUGCGCCUGAAUGAGGGACUGAUCCGCCCAUACUCUGUUGUUACAGGAGACUCGAAUCAGUUUUGCCUUGCCGUUGCCCUGGAUGAAGCCAGCAGAGGAGGGUCGCGAUAUAUCCAUCGUGAGGUUCAGCCCGGCGACAUGCUACAAUGUGGUCCCAUUACAGCCAGCUUCCCUCUUUCAACGGUUGCUGAUCAUCACGUCUUCAUUGCUGGGGGAAUCGGAAUUACAGCCUUCAUAGCCGCUGCGCAGCAUUGUGAACGGCUCGGCUACCCAUACCAUCUGCAUUACCUUGUUCGAAGCGCUGAGGAUAUUGCCCUGAAAGAGUAUUUAAGCGGGCUGGGCUCCAAUGUCACCAUCUACGAUAAGUCCUCCGGAAAAGUGUUUAACGCCAAGCAUACUAUGGAGCAAAUCCAUGAGGGGACCCACGUAUAUUGCUGUGGAUCUGAGCGAUUACAAGACUCUGUUCUCACAGUGGCGUCUUCUUUAGGAGUCAGCUCCAGCAGGCUACAUUUUGAGACGUUCAAGGCCGCUACAUCUGGCGACCCAUUCACCGCAGACUUGGCUGGAUCGAAAACCUCCAUCGAGGUAGGAGAAGAGCAGACACUACUCGAUGCCUUGCGCGAGGCAGGAUUUGAUAUUCCCUCAUCCUGUGAGGCUGGAAACUGUGGGACUUGUAGGGUUGGGGUCAAGGCCGGAAAAGUCGAACAUAGGGGCUCGGGGCUUAUGGAAUCCGACAAGAAUCAGGCCAUGCUAAGCUGCGUCUCUCGCGGUCUCGGGACCGUAGUUCUCGAUCUGUGA